AUGGCAGGCGUCAAGAGGUCCCUAGGGGCCAUGCUUGGCCACGAAGAUGGAUUGCUGCGACCGAACGAUCAUGGCCGUCCGAGAAACGUCCACUACAGACCUGGAAUUCUCCGCGACAACCUCGAUUCUUCGACACCACAGACACAAGCCUUUAAACUCAGCGAAUCACUCCAAUCUCAAUCUCAACCGCAAUCCCACUCUCGUACCACCUCUCAAGUCAACUCUUAUGUCAAUUCUCAAGUCAACUCUCGAGCCGGUUCUCAGUCCGUGCCUCCCUCAAAUACAGAACAUGAAGAUGGUCUUACUCGAACCCCGUCUCCAACGUUCCCACCCUUGACUGGAGAGGUUCCAGACUUCAAACCAGAUGCGUCCAUGGUCCUUGUUGGCAUGCGUGGUGCCGGAAAGUCGACUUUAGCCGUUAUGGCGUCUUCGGCCAUGGAGCGUAAGGUCAUUGACCUUGAGCCAGCUUUCCAAAGGUCCAUGGGCCUCUCGAGUUCCGCCUAUAAAUCCGAGCAUGGCUCUUCUGAGUGCUACAGGCAGCAGGCCAAGGUCUUGCAGACCGUCCUGCAGCGCCAUCCUACUGGGUCUAUCAUUGUCUGCUCCUGGAUGGAGAGUCGUGUUCAAAGCCUCCUACGCGAAUUCGCUGCCAAGAAUCCUGUAAUUCACAUAGUACGUGAUGCCGAUGCCAUCCAGAGCCACCUGAAGCUCCGCGACGACGUCAAGAUCCGGAAUCUUCUAAAUGUCAGCAACGCCAUCUUCAAAUCUUGCACCAACUUCGAGUUCUUUAACGUCACUGAGAAGGCCAUGAAAUCGGCAGUCUCUCGGACAUCCUUGAUACAACGGUCGCCCGCUCCAUAUCUGACAUUAAAACAUGUUGAGCGACACUUCCUGAAGUUCCUAUCACUCGUCUACCCAGCAGGCACAAUACCGUUCAUGGAUUCGGCAUUCCCGCUUUCAAAUAUCCCUGCCGAGGAACGCAAAUUCACCUAUGCCACAUCCAUACCUCUGACAGAUGUCCUGAACGAUCGUGUGGACGUUGAGGAACAUGUUACCGGAGCAGAUGUGGUACAAAUUGUUGUUCAUGACCUCGCCGACAAUGCUGAACAAGGCACAUUGACAUCCCAGAUCAGCACAAAGCUCCUUGCCGAUAUCACCAAGGGUGUCGGUAUUGUUAGAAGAAGCACAAUCCUCCCCAUAAUACUUCACCUUUUUCUCCCCCACACAGCCACCGACGAAGUGUUGCGCAUCUAUCUCGACCUCCUACACCACACCGUGAGACUUGCGCCAGAAAUGAUGACGGUGGACCUUCGACUCGAAGAUGUCCACAUCUCGCGCAUACUGUCGAUUCGAAAAAGAACAAAAAUAAUUGGAAACUGUUUUAUUGUCACCGAUCCGCCAUCAUGGGACUCUCCAAUAUGGGUGUCGUGGUACAAAAAGGCAAACAAUCUAGGUUGCCAUAUCGCAAGAUUAAUUCGACCUGCCACAUCGACCGAAGACAACUUCCGUAUUCAUCACCUAAAGACGGCAGUGGACGCUCUAUCAGGACCUAAGAUCCCUCUAAUAUCCUAUAGCUCUGGGCCAUUGGGACGUCAUUCGCAAGCCUUCAACCGUAUCCUCACCGUGGUCCGACCAGAGUCGCUGGAACGGGUAAACCAGAAGCCACCAAUAACUCCGUCCAUCACCGCAGUCAGCGCCACUACGGCCUUGUUCUCUUCUUUCUUAUAUGAUCAGAUGAAACUCUACGUCUUUGGAGCCAACGUGAGCUACAGCUUGUCGCCGGCUAUGCAUAGAGCAGCAUUGAAGGCAUGCGGGCUCCUACACACCUACGAGCCAGUAUCUUGUGCGUCCCUCCGAGGGAUCAAGCACUUAAUUGAGGAUCCGGAUUUCGGCGGUGCCUCUGUUGGCCUCCCCUUCAAAGUCGAGAUCAUUUCUUUAAUCCAUUCGUUAAGCAACCAUGCCAGGGCCAUUGGUGCUGUGAAUACUCUGAUUCCCAUCCGCUUCUUAAACGACGACGGCACAAUUCCCACAGGCGCUUCCUUUUUCGACAGCGUCAAUCGAUCGGGACCAAUAAAAGCUCUUUACGGCGAAAAUACUGACUGGAUUGGCAUUCGCUCAUGCAUUCGACGUGGAUUAUCUCCAGCCAAUGCUGUCAUAUCUAGUAGCUGCGGUCUUGUCAUCGGAGCCGGAGGCAUGGCCAGGGCCACAGUGUAUGCGAUGCUUCAGGUCGGCAUCAAGAACAUCGUCAUAGUUAAUCGCACACCCAAGAAUGCUGAAAAAAUGGUCUCCCAUUUCACGCAUGUCCUGGAGAGGAAGGACCUCGGUGUUCUAAGUGCGGGUAGCGAACACUCCCGCUUCCAUGUCAUUGAGUCAAUGGAGGACGCAUGGCCUACAGAGUUCCGCUUGCCGACAGUUAUUGUUUCGUGUAUCCCAACCCAUCGAAUUGGCAAUGUACCUGCUCCUGAAUUUACUCUCCCCAACGAUUGGCUGGGAAGCCGAACAGGUGGUGUCGCAAUUGACCUUGGCUACAAGACCUUGGACACACCAUUCCUGGCUCAAUUUCGAAAGGAGGCACAUCGCGGAUGGGUUAGUAUGGAUGGUCUUGACAUGCUGCCAGAGCAAGGUUUUGCUCAAUUUGAGUUGUUUACUGGCCGCAGGGCACCGCGACGUAUUAUGAGAAGGAUGGUGUUCGAGGCGUAUCCGGAUGAGGACGGCAAGUCGAAUUUUGAAGAAUUGCAACCCAGGUUACAGUCGCUUGAUGAGCAGGAAACAUGA